AUGAAGAUCAACAAAAUGAUCACAUCAAACCCAAUAUCUUUCUUCAUCCUACUGGCAAUAAUCAGCCUGCUGCUUCCUACCUUGAUAAUCCCAUUUUGGGUUUUAAAAAUCAAAGCAAUUGAAAAGGAAGUCGAUCUGGUCACCAAGAAAUCUCAUGAAGAAACAUGGUCUGCCAUACAACAUGCAGCAACGACAAUAUUGCCUCCAAUGAAAUCAUCAGCAACCAAUUUAGCUAAACUUGCAACCGUUUCUCUGAAUAAAACAGACCUCUCAUUCUCUCACAUAGAAUCUCAACUGUCUCCUUUGCUGUUUCAAGCACUGUUAACGAUCCCACAUCUGUCACAAAUUUCUUAUAUCACACGAGAUGGCUUGCUCUUUGCAUUAUAUUCCAACAACCACCAGCAGAUAUUUUCUAUAUAUUCUAACACUUCGUUUUCUAAGCCCACAAAUUCUAGAAAGGGUUAUUCAUGGUACACUCAGCCUGUUGAUUCGGAUACAGGGAAGUUGUAUGGGGAUGCAGUUGUGUUUCCAUCUCAAGUUUUGGUUAAUGAAACGUGGUUACAACAAGCGUUCAACUCUACAAAUGGAUGUGCUUCAUUAGGGAAGUCACUGAACGAUGUCCAUGAUUUGCUUGUCUUGAAUACAGCUGGAGUGGAUAGAAAUGGAGUCAUCUCACUUGGGUUUCACCUCAAAUCGUUAAUGAAUGUGUUCUCUGGCAUUAAACCUUCUGGUGGAGGUUUGUACUUGGCUACAAAAGACGGUAAUGGUCUAAGAGAAGUGGAUGGGAAUAAGACAAUAUCUUUUCAGCUAUGGAAUGGGAAUUCACAGAUUUUUAAGAUUUCAGGAACAAAAUAUAUCUUGUACUCUUCCUCCCUUGACAUCAUGGGAAUGGAACCGGUAUAUGUUUUGGCAUUACCAUAUGAUGGUGGAGCGGAAAGCAGGAUGCAUAAGAAUAUAUUAAUUGUUUUGUUGCUUCUUUCACUGCUGUUUGUGACUGUUUGUAUCUCCAUUUUCAGUUUCGUGGUGUUAACAGUGAGAGCGGCAAGAAAAGAGAUGUGCCUAAGAGCUGCUCUUAUAAAACAGAAGGGAGCAACACAGCAAGCAGAAAGAAAGAGCAUGAAUCAGAGUCUUGCAUUUGUUACAGCCAGCCAUGAUAUUCGUGCUUCAUUAGCCGCCAUUGCUGGAUUGUUAGAGAUGUCCAUCAACGAGGUCGAUCAAGGAUCAGAAUUAGCUAAAAACUUGAAACUUGUGCAGAUUUGUUCAGGAGAUCUUUAUGGUAAGCUCUCGAUUAACCAUUAUAUAUAUAACUAA